AUUAGUUUUUUGACAUUUAAACCUAGGUCCAAGUUAAAAGAUGACUUUAAAUAAUUCAUCAUAUAUUUUGUCAAUUUGUUGGAUUUGUCUUUUUCUUGCUGAAGUUUGUGAAGCAAGAUUCAGGGCGACCAGAUUUCGGUUCAGGUACACCACUUACAGCUCGUAUGGGAGUUAUGGAUCCUCGUCCAGUUUGGGUGCAGGAGCGAUUGCUGGCAUUGUUUCCGGAUCUAUCGUAUUUACUAUCAUAUUAAUUUGUAUCAUCGUAUGCUGCUGUAGUCGAAGUAAAGAGGGAGCGAACAAAGGGGUUGUUCUACAGUAUAACCCCGCAAACAAGCAACAGAUCGUCACAUCAAAUUCUAUGGCUGGAGUUACCUACCCUUCAAAGGCAUCAGCAAAUAUGGCUACUCCUGGAGUUAACUUCCCUUCACAGGCUUAUCCACAAGGCGCUCAGUAUAAUACUGCAUUUCAGUAUGGAAUACAAGACCCUAAACAGAGAUAUGAUACAUACUCUGGACAACAGUUUGACAAUGCUCCACCAUCAUACAAAUCUACAAACGGCCAUAACAGAAGUGCUGUGUCUCCCUACCAAACACAAGGGAAAAUGUUAGUAUCGAACAUAAAGAUGCCUUCCCAACAAAAAGAAUGACAAAUUUGAAAUACUUAAUGAUUUUAAUUCUAUUCAAAAGAAUUAUGUGUGUGAUUCAUAAUUUAAUUUUGCCAUGUAUACAUUUGUGAUUGUGAAAAUCAUAUUCCUUUGUCAUUAUUUUAAACGUACAUCCAUGCAAAUCAUUUGUAACAAGUUGUAUUUUGUGUUAUUCUUAAACACAAAUAAUUGUUGUACGUUUUAAAUGAAUAAACAAUAAUGAGAUAUACAUAUUUAUGGCAUGUGAAAUGAAUAUUUUUAUAUGUAUAGAUGGCUUGUCAACUUAAUGUAAGUACCAUGGAAGUCUAUAGACAAGUGUGAAAUAAAGAUUUUUAUUUUAAAAUGUGCAUACCUUUU